GCAUUCUUUUACCUAGCCAUUUCCCUAUCUAUGUAUGCAAAAUAGAUAUCAUAUAAAAUUUGGAAAUUAAAUUCGUUUAUUCCGUUACAUAAACGACGUUGGUCAUUCGUAUACAUCUUGCGAAACGUUCAGACGUAAGAAGAACAUCGUUGGAACGAGCUAUGAAGACAUCUUCGCUCGAAAGGCGAUUGAAAUAAACCGGCAACGAUUAAUUUCCGUCUUCGGUGUUAAGCGCCUUUCACCCCCUACAUUUUUUGCCAGCAACGUUCUCAUCCAUUAAAGAUGCCUCAUACGUCUCUCGCUCGAGUUUCCUCUAGAUUUGGCGAGAAACUCGAACGGAGAAAAAGUGGUUGGUUGAGUAGAUAAACAAAAUCUCGGCGUCGGGUUGAACGAAAUGCGAGAUCAGAUAGAAGAAAGUAUUUUCAACGCGUCUGGAAUACCACGAGGUACGGCAUAAUUGCAGGAACGCGCAAGGAACGACUGCGAGCGUGGCAACCGAUGGAAAUAUGAGGCCCGUGACGCGAUUACCUCGUGGCAGGAAGUCUGAAUUACGAUCCGUCUUUGACGGUGAUUUUAUUGAUCGGAUACAAGGGAAGCCACCAAUUUCACGAAUGGCUCCUAAAUAUUAAUAAUCUCGUCUAAAUCUGUAGAUGCUUCCUUUACAAUUUCGGAUUUUUGCUACUAAAUACUCUAAACGUACACGCUUAAAAAGCUUUUCAUUUCCAUACGUUUCGAUAUUUUUAUACGUUAAACGUGAUAAGGAACGAAAUAUGCCAUGCUCGACAUCAUAUUGAAAAAUAAUUUAUCCUUUUCGUAUUGUUCGUACUCGUACAAUUAAUAAGAAUCGAUAUGACAAGAAGCAAAAAUUUUAGAAUGAUCUUAUAGCAACGAUACGUAGCGUAUUAGUAAAAAAAACAUAUCUGGCCGUGGAUAACACGGGUCGAUUAGAUUCACGCAUUAGUCGCUGCUACAUCAUAUUUUUCAGAGAAUUGAUAAUGUCAUUGGUGGAAAUCUCUGUAGAUUCUUGUAGGUUAUCGUCCAUUAUUUCUCGCUUUGUAGGUCCAUACGUAACGUCACUAUGUGAAUUACCGUCCCCCCUAAGCGGCCACGUUAUUCCUCGCCUCUUCAUUCGAACGACCACCGCCACUAUUCACAGGCAUGGAACAUUAGUCACUGUCCACGAUUAACGCGCAUCCCUCGGCUCCCGUGUAUCCAGCAGGGAAGCGACCGGCGGCAGUUUGUCCACCGUCGACGAUUGAACUUGAUCGUGAAAAAUCGUAUUGCGAGCGUCUCCAUUUUGCCCCAUUAAUUUUUACUCGCAUGACCGGAAGCACAAUUGUGAACACGUUCGCAACCGAGAGAGAACGUUGAUCAUGUUGAAACCGGGGUAACCUCUAUCGGUGACCAAAGUCGUUUACGAGUGGUCGACGGCCCGAAAAGGGGCGAGUUCGAGACGAAACGGAGCGAGCUUUUGAUCAAAGCGAAACACUGACCCCAAUUUGCAAAAUUGCCGCUUCUACCGGAUUUAAUCUCCGAGUCACCAAGAAACGAGACGUCAAAGGCGUAUCGCGGCAGGCAACGAUAAUCAAACGCGUACGAUAGUACGUUUUCCUCUUCAUCUUCUUUUGAAUAUUGAUCGCGGCUAGGCAAAUAAUUCUCUCGUAAUUUCCGUUAUGUAUUAUCUGAAACGCGAUCACCGUUGUUGUCUCGCGUGAAUCGAUUAUUUAUCCGUUUGGCGACGCGACGAAUCGACCGAUUAAUUGCCGCUCGAACGGCAAUUUCCAUCCGAUCUGCGGCAGCCGAUCCGUGGAUAGCCGGCCGCCUCCAUUUCGUACCGAACUCGAUUACUUCCGGCGGAUAUCGAACGUGAAUUCGUGAACGCACGAGUGGCCAACGGCACCGAAGUUAAUAUUGACCUGUCACUUCGUUAUGGCCAACGAACGACCUUCGUGUCGCUUCCAUCUCGCUUCCGUUGUUGCAUUCUCUUCUCUAUCGUUUCUCUCCUCUCCUAUCCUCUCCACGUGCACCCUCCUGCCUCUACGCAUCGUCCAACGUUCGUCCCUUUUUCUCUCUCCCUCUGCCGCUACCAGCUCUCUCUUCCUUUCCCGUUUCACCGGAACCUCCGGUGAACCGUCCUCUCCUUCGGUCCGGACGAGAACAGGAAGACUGGCCUAUUCCGUCGAUUUACAUGCAGAUUUGAUCAGGGUACACGCGCACUCGGAGCCCGACUCCUUUCAAGCAAACUCAGACAGGGCAAAGGAGGAGCGAAUCGCUUCCCCCUUUCCUUUUCUUCCUUCUCCUACGAAGAUCAGAGUUGUGGAAGUUCGUGAUUCGAGGAUGCUCGUUGCACGGUCAAGGUACGAACGAGAGGAUGCCGGGGAUAGAGAGAAUCGAAUAGGAUGUUAAAGCAAUUGGACGCACUCGAUGCGAUUCGAGAAUUUCCAAAUUCAAGCCGCUUCGCUGCCGCUGUCUCUCCUUUGUUCCCGUUCGACCUUCGUCUCGCAGCUUCCGCCUACUCGUCGGUACCGUUGCUUUCGUCGUGAUUUCUCGAGGCAACUCUUCAACGCGCAGAACGAAACUUCGUGGCAUAGAACGUGGGCGAGUUCGAGCGGUCCUUCCGCGAACGUUACGCCACUGCGAAUCUCAUUCGGGUAACGAGCUCGCUAUCAAACGGCCGCGUAUCCAGAGACGAUGGAUACAGGCGACGAGUGGGAUGGGGAGAGAAAAAGAGGGACGGCGAAAGAGAAGGAGCAAGAUUAGCGGAGAGAGAGCCGCGGUCUCGCGAGAGUGCAGGGCAUCAGUUUGUGAUGCGGGGUCCGAGAGUGUCGUGACACGAGCCGCAGGGCCGUGACUGUGCGAACCCGCUGGCGAGUUCAGCAGCUAACAUUCCGCCGAGACGGUCGAGGAAACUACUAGCCAAGGUCACGGAUAUGCUCAUCAAGGAGACCUCCCUCAGCUGGCCAGGAUUGCCGGCUGCACUACCGUCGCCGGCUUCACCGUCCGCGGUAAUCGUUUCGCCGGAAACGCUGUCUAGACACAGCAGCAGCUCACCCUCCCGCGCUCACCGGCCACCCCAGUUCGCCCUGGCUCUACCAUGCUCCUCGCAGCCGAUUUCCGCGGUCUGCUAUCCGGCACCGACCUUCCUCGAUGUCGCCGAGGACCGGAAGUGGAAGAAACUUGGAUGUGACGCCCUGGCAACGACUUUUAGCGCUCUUUACGGAAAGCUGCUGGUCGUCAUGGGAAUCGCUUUUCCCAUGGCUGAAGUAAUAUCCACCUACAUACCGCCAUCGUUCUACGAAGGAUUCUACCUUUAUCUCUACUUCGGUAGUAUGAUCUUUCUCGUCUACAUGUACGCCACGUUGCUUCGCGACGGCAAAUCCAAGUCAAGAAGGUCCGCUACGUGUUGUUUUACGAAGAAACGAAAGGACGUGUGCGACCUGGACUCGUCGCGAUCGUCGAGCGGCGCCGGUGGCGACAGCGAUGUUGCGGACACCACGUGUCCGCACGUGACUGCUAUCAAACCAACCCAACACUACGGAAGCUUUUAUCUACGAAUGGGCGCGGUGGCGUUCGGUAUCGGCUCGAUGAUCUACUCGGGACUGGAAUUGGGCCAGUACUUCGAGCUGGAGCAGAACACCAAGUGCCACAACAUCAUGCUCGCCCUCACACCGGCCACUAGGAUGGCGUUCAUCUUCAUACAAAUGUACUUUAUAUUUCUGAACAACGAGCAAAUGAAAGUUUAUCGUCAUCGGGUGGUUGCGCGUUUCGGGCUGAUGCACAUGAUUGGAACGAAUCUGUCGGUCUGGCUGAGCGUCCUUGUACAGGAAACGAAACACGAGAUAUUGACGUUCUACAAUCCGGAGAACAACUCGUUAAAGAUCUCCCACAGAUUAGCUUCGAAGGCCAAUCUCAAUCUUGGGGGACAUAAUCACUACCACCAUGGCGAGCACCUGAGGCUUCCGAGAGGUCUGAAAGGGCCGCAUCACAUGUUCGAGUGUCGUCGAACAAACAUAAUGGGAUCGUUAGUCCAGGACGCCAGCCCGUUUCUAUUUCCUUGCACGAUCGAGUACAGUUUAAUUUGUGCUGCGAUUCUAUACGUAAUGUGGAAGAAUAUAUCGAAGGCGGCGUUCUCUCAGCCUAAAACACCUCCCGGAUCCCGGCAUCAUGCGCAUGCUUACAGGAGAUCGCCGCAUCACUACAGCGUGGAUUGUGCCCGCGCGCACAAAGGUCUGUUCGUGGGCAUCUUGAUCCUGGUGCUGACGAUCAUCUCGCUAAUUUUAUUCUUCGUGUUAAUAUCGCGUCCAGAAUUGGUCAGCUUCGCCGUCACCGAGGUGAACGUCUGCGAGUUAACGUUAUACGGAAUGUCGACGUUGGCCACGCUGAUAGGGAUGUUCCAGAUGCGAAAGCUCCGUUACGACGGCACCCGAAACCUAGAACUGGACAAUAUUCUUCUAGUAGCCGCGCAGACGGGCAUGUUCAUUUAUUCAACGUUCACGAUCAUCGGCGCCCAGUUUACUUUGGCCAAGCACACGAUCUUGGUGCUUAUUACGGCGUUGGCGAGCGUUGUGCAGACUACGUUUCAAACCAUCUUCAUUUUGGACGCGUCAAGGAGAUCUGUCGUCACUGCGAAACAGAUAAGGAGGAAACCGGGUAGAGAGAUCGUGACGUUUCUACUGGUGACGAAUCUGGCGAUGUGGGCGAUUAACACGUUGGAAAAAUCGCGAGCGGAAUCGCACCCGGUGCAGUUCCAUUUCUACGGCCUGUGGGCGUGGACGAUCAUCACGCACGUCUCGAUGCCUCUGGCGAUCUUCUACAGGUUCCACAGCACCGUCUGCCUGUGCGAGGUUUGGAAAAGGGCGUACAAGGUGAAGCCAACCUACAUGUGACGUAAGGGGUCUCGCGAGGUCGUGUACAAGACCACGGCUCCUCAACGACCGAAAACCCUGCCGGGCAGGCUGGAUGCCAUCGCGGAGAACGAUCCAAUUUACUUCAUGUAAUCGCGGAGAAAAGUCCUCUUUGUGAGCUACGUGGUCCAAGGUCGACGUUCUUUUACCUCUUCUUCGUCAAAUCCUCGUCCUACGUCCCUGAGGUGUUGCAAAAUGCUGUCGAUACAAUUUACCAAGUUCACUAUGUUAGUCGAGUAUGCGUUUCGAGGCGUUAUGCGUUGUUUUAGGUUGAUUUAGACACGUUAUACGUUAACGAUUUCACGUUAGUAACGCGUUAAAGCGAAGCUCGACGAACCGUAGAGGAGAAAGUGGUUGGCAGCCGCGUUUGUUUCCGAUCGUCGAGAAGUUGCGUUAUUUAUUAUCCUUUAGAUAAUUGUAAGAAGCUUUUAUCUCGAAUCGUCCUCGCGCUAAAACGAAUCACGUUGUAUAUACGCAGUUCGUACGUGACGAGAUUCGGGAACGAACUGCGAACGAACGCGUAGACAUUUUUGAGAUCUUUUAACGGUAAUCGAUUUAAGGGAAACAAGUAAAAGAGUAGAAAAGAGUGGAGGCACGAUUAACGACGCACAAUUUUUACCCAUGUUAGAUGUUAGACGAUUAGUCGCUUAGAAUCGUCGAAGCAACGACUGUUCCUUCGAUUUUCUCGGGAACAAUGAGAUUUCUGUUCGAUAAGUAAGCGUUAAGACGAUUUUCUACCGAUCAAAAUAGCGAAUGAGAGAAAAGAGAGAAAGGCAGCGAGUGUGUGUAUACGAAAGAAUGAGAAAAGAAAGAAAGGUCUUUUUUCUUUGAUCGUAAACGUUCGUAAGACUGAAUUCUAAGCAACCUUAGGACGAUGGUUAAGGUGAUAGAAGAACGAUUACGUUUCUGAUGCAAGUCGACCAAAAUCCGCGUUAACCCAGAAAACCCCUGAUCGAUCUGUCCUUCGAUGUUACUCGAAUACUCUCACGGAUAUCCGUCUUCCACGUAGUACAAAGCUGCAACUUAACAUAAUGUCCCUGGUUAUUCGAAUGAAUAAUUCAAAGAGAGAGAGAGAGAGCGAGAGUGAGAGAGAAAGAAAGAAAGAAACUAAAAGAAUAAUCCAACGAUCGAGAGAAACAGACUACCUAUAGCGAAGUCCUGACUGAACAACUCGAAUAGUUUUUUAUAUUGUUACUACGUACAUGCUCUCGUCGUAAUUUUUUUACUCGAAGGGAAAGUGAGUUUGAAGUGUAAAAGUCCAACGCGUCUGUCACGAUAGUUGUACAAAGUAAAUGUAUAGUCUGUUUCUCACGAUUUUAUGCGGCAACGUCUCGCGAUCGAUCGAUCGUCCGCAUUUCGAGGAAACGGAAGCCUCGAGAGUGGAGCGUGCGAGCACACAACGUUUAUCCUAUACAAGUCCACUUGAAUCACAUCGAAAUUGCAAGCCUUCAACGGUUCCUCGCACGGCGUUGCACGUUAGUCACGAAUCUAAAUUCGAAAUAUCGGUUUGUAGAGAGAGUAUCGCGGUGAGAAUGAGCGAGAGGAAGGGGGAGGUCUCAGUUUUAAACAUAGCAGCACCGAAUCGAUGCUUCGUGCGUUAUUUCCAACCGUUUCGAAAAAACAAAAAAAAAAUAAAACAAAAAAAAGACAAAACAAAAAAGAGAGAAAGAUAGGUACGUUUAUAAAAAAGAAAUUCACGAGAUUGUUAAACGGUGGCAAUAACGCGAAAGCAUCGUCCCGUAGAUUCCCAUAGAUUUAUCACGCGAAGUGAUAGAGAGAAAAUGUUAAGAUAAAAAAAGAAAAAAAGAGGAGAUAAGAUGAAGAUAACGUUCGAAGGAGGAACAGAGUACAAUGGCGAAUCAUAUCAUUAAGCCUUAAUCCGUCGAGUGUGCUGUCCAAUCUCUGAAUAAUUAAAAAAGGAAAAAGGGGUAUCGAAGAAUCGCGAUCGACCGCAACCUUGAAAGAAUUAGCCGAGACGACCUACUCGAGUGUGUUUCAUACAUUUUCUGCUCAACGGAUGGUCCCUCGAGGAGAGACCGAAUGAGAGAGUCGUACCGAUCUAAUCGAUCGGCGUACGAUACUGUUGUUCUGCGAGAAUGCCCGUAUGCGUUUGUUUUAUCGCGUGUUGUGUGAGACGACUGCGUGACGAUAUGUGCGUGUGUCCCUUGGGAACAACUCGACGAGAAAAAGAAUGGUCAGGAGAGAGAUAAAGAGGAAACGGAAAAGCGUCGAAAGCGUAAAACGUUCGGUAGAGACAUUUUUAGUAGUUAAACGCGUGUUUGUCGUGCGAUAGGCGAUUUUCUUUUUUAUUCUUCGUCGAUAAACGAUCACACUUUCAGCGAUACUGGAAAUCUAAGCUGCAUAGUUGAAACGGUUGAUUCUUUUGUAAGAUGUAAAAAUUCGACUGUGAGGCGGCUGUAAAUACGGGGUUUCAAGAAGAAAGAAAAGAAGAGAACGUAAGAAGGAUGAGCGAAGAGAAAAGAUAAGAAAAUGGAUCCUCUCGGUGUUUAGAGCUAGUUGUGUCGACAUGUUUCUUCCUAUAUUAUAUAUAAUAUAUACACAUAUAUAUACAAAUAUAAAUAUAUUUAUUA